CUUCCCGGCCGCAGCCCCGCCCCCUUGGCCUGGGUAACGCGUCCCCGGUUGCCGCGGAGACGCGCCGUUGACCGGACUUUGGGGAGCUGCAAUGGCCAGACUUCUGCAACCUCCGCCCAAGUUCCUGCCGGCAGAAUGGCACAUGGCGAACGAGAACCAGUACCACAGAGCGGAGGCCGAGAGGUCCCGCUCCGAGCGCCUGGUGGCAGAAAGCCAGAGGCUUGUGGAGGAGAUCGGAAAGACCACAAGAAAGUCUCAAAGCGACGUGAACAAGAAACUAGAACAGAGGCUCGAGGAGGUCAGGUUCUGGAAGAAGGAGCUGGAUGACAAGCUGGAGGAGCUGGUGUGCACCACCGAAGACCUGCUCACCUACCGGACCAGACUGGAGAACGCGCUGGAGAGCCUGAAGGAGCCCCUGCACAUCACCCAGAUGUGCCUGGAGUACAGGGAGAAGCGGGUCGGCAUCGACCUGGUGCACGAUAAGGUGGAGCAGGAGCUGGUGAAGGAGGCCGAGAUCAUCCGCGGGGUGACGGCCUUGCUGACCCGCACCUUGGAGGAGGUGUCCGAGCAGAUCAGGCUGAACCGCUCGGCCAAGUACAACCUGGAGAAGGACCUGAAGGACAAGUUUGUGGCCCUGACCAUCGACGACGUUUGCUUCUCCCUCAACAACAACUCCCCGAACAUCCGAUGCUCGGAGAACGCCGUGAGGGUGGAGCCCCACUCCGUGAGCCCAGAGGACUGGCUGGAGUUCUCCAACGCCAACGUGGAGAAGGCCGCCAAGCAGAGGAGCAGCUCCCUGGCGCUGAAGGCCCUGGUGGACCGGAUCCUGUCCCAGACAGCCGGCGACCUGCGCAGGCAGUGUGACGCGGUGGACGCGGCGUUCAGGGACGGGCUGCAGGAGACCAAGGGCGCCAGGGACAAGCUGGCCGCUCACCUGGCCAAGGUCAUGGAAGAGAUUGCUUGCCAGGAGAAAAAUGUCACGGUUCUCGAAAGCAUCGCUGACCAGGAAGGACCCGCCAAGGUGGCUCACACGCGCCUGGAGACCAGAACGCACCGGCCUAACGUGGAGCUGUGUCGCGAUGCCGCACAGUGUCGGCUGGUCAGGGAGGUCCAAGAGAUCGCCCACAGCGUCGCCAGACUCAAGGAGACCUUGGCCCGGGCUCAGGCGGAGCUGAAGGGCCUGAACUGCAGGCAGCUGGCCCUGCAGGAGGAGGUCCAGGUGAAGGAAAACACCAUCUACAUCGACGAGGUGCUGUGCACCCACAUGAGGAAGUCCAUCCCCCGAGGGACGGGCGACCAGGGCGAGUGGGCGGGGGGCCCCCGCCCCGACGCCGUCUGCUGAUUGUGCCCACGGUUCAGAUGCUGAUUAAAGCACUUCACGAUC